AUGGGGGAUGCUCUGGAACAGUUCUUCAUCCUCACAGGGCUGCUGGUGUGCCUGGCCUGCCUGGUGAAGUGCACGAGAUUCUCCAGAUGUAUUUUACUGAGUUACUGGAAAGUUUUGCCAAAGCCUUUCUUGCGGUCAAUGGGACAGUGGGCAGUGAUCACUGGAGCAGGCGAUGGAAUUGGGAAAGCGUACUCAUUCGAGCUAGCAAAACGUGGACUCGACGUUGUGCUUAUUAGCCGGACGCUGGAAAAACUAGAGGCCAUUGCCACAGAGAUCGAGCGGACUACAGGGAGGAGUGUGAAGAUUAUACAAGCAGAUUUUACCAAAGAUGACAUAUACGAGCAUAUUAAAGAAAAACUUACAGGCUUAGAAAUUGGAAUUUUAGUCAACAACGUCGGAAUGCUUCCAAACCUUCUCCCAAGCCAUUUCCUGAACGCGCCAGAUGAAAUCCAGAGCGUCAUCCAUUGUAACAUCACCUCCGUAGUCAAGAUGACACAGCUAAUUCUGAAACAUAUGGAAUCAAGGCGGAAAGGUCUCAUCCUGAACAUUUCUUCCGGGAUAGCCCUGUUUCCUUGGCCUCUCUACUUGUACUCAGCUUCCAAGGCGUUUGUGUGCGCAUUUUCCAAGGCCCUGCAAGAGGAAUAUAAAGCAAAAGAAGUCAUCAUCCAGGUGCUGACCCCAUAUGCCAUCUCGACUGCAAUGACAAAAUAUCUAAAUACCAAUGUGAUAACCAAGACUGCUGAUGAGUUUGUCCAAGAGUCACUGAAUUAUGUCACAAUCGGAGGGGAAACCUGUGGCUGCCUUGCCCAUGAAAUCUUGGCGGGCUUUCUGAGCCUGAUCCCGGCCUGGGCCUUCUACAGCGGCGCCUUCCAAAGGCUGCUCCUGACACACUAUGUCACGUACCUGAAGCUCAACACCAAGGUCAGGUAG